AAUGAGAUGCCCAGCCCUGGUUUCCUGGCCGGCCCCUUUCCCUGCUUGUGUGGCGUCCUAGCCUGGCCCUGAACUCCAGCAGCAUGAGCGAGAGAACAGCACUAGGGGCCACCAUGGAGACCAUGACCCUGGAGGAGCCCGGGGGUGAAGAAGCCUCUCCCCGGGCCCUGGGGCCCCUCCGCUGUGGCCCCUGUGCCAUGUUGCCCCGCCAGCAGACAUGGCUUUGUGUUGUGCCCCUGCUGAUGGGAUUUGUGGGCUUGGGUCUCAGUCUUAUGCUUCUCAAGUGGAUUGUGGUGGGCUCGGUCCAGGACUACGUUCCCACUGACUUGGUAGAUGCCAAGGGCAUUGGGCAGGAUCCUAUCUUCCUGUCGAAACCCAGUGCCGUGUCAAAGGGCCCAGAUUCUCCUACUACAUCCACUGGCCUCCCAGCCAACACAGCUGGCCCUGGUUCCUCUGCGGACGGGACUGGUACAGUACACAGGACCCAGGCGGGCCCAUCCUUGAACCAUAGCAGCAGCAGCAGCAGUGGAGCCAGAGUGGUAGGGGGAGGCUCUGGCAACCGAGUCCCACACCUCCACAACAGGGUUGGCACUCGAGCCAAUGGCACAGCCAUCCCUGCGGAAAAGGAUGGAACUUCCCACAGUACCACAGUCAAAAAGCCAGGCUCAGGCGGCCACCGAAACGUGUAUCCGUCCUCCAGAGCUCUACCCCCAAGUCCAACCUUGGUUACCACUACAAGCGAGACUACCAAUCCUACAACAACGAAAAGCACAGCGACUAAAGUUCCCCCGCCUACCACUUCAUCUACCAGGCCUAAUCAGCGCUUGAACCACGGACGCUCUUCCAAGGGUCCUUCCACCAAGCCAACGCGCCCUCACCACCGCUUCAGAGCAUUUGCAACUCCAACCGUCCCCUCUGAGAUCUUCAAGCGUUGCCAGGAUAGCCAAGAGCUGGCCUUCUGUCUGAACGAAGGAGAGUGCUUCAUUAUCGAGACUGUGGCAGGGGUGCACAGACACUGCAGGUGUAAAGAGGGUUAUCGUGGACUUCGCUGUGAUCAAUUUGUACCGAAGACGGACCCCAUCCUAUCUGAUCCAACAGCGGAUGAGCUGGGCAUCGAGUUUAUGGAAAUUGGAGAGAUCUACCAGAGACAGAUCCUGUCAAUCUUCAGCAUCGCUAUGGGGAUCAGUGUGCUGGGCAUGCUCUGCAUGGCUCUUUACUGCAGGAACAAAAGACAGAGGCGAAAGCCCAAGACUCAUCUGACCGAGAGCCGCUCUCUGAGGGACUCCAGCCUCAAUGCUUCCCGGCUCAUGUCCAAAUCCAGCCCCAAGAAUGAACAUCAAAAGUGCUGCAAAGCCCAAGGGUCCUCCUGUACGCCGGGCAACACUACAGAGCUCAAAAAUCCCGAAGUCUCAUCACCAAAUAAGAAACGCUGCAGUCCUGCUGUAAAACAGAAGAUAUCCAAUCAUCGACCUGUAUCACGCUGGACCCCACCCAUCUCUAGAGCGGGGCAUCUGAUUGGAGGAUCAAAAGAUUCUAUUUGUAGCUAUAAACAUCUCAGAGAGGUGGAGCCUACAGAUGCGACAAUAGAGUCCUUGAAAAGGUUCCAAUCUCAACCUGGUGGUAAUCAACACACCCAUCUGAAUAUGCAACUCACCCAUUCCAGAGUAAGGCUGGCGCUUGCUGAUGUUCCCUGCACUCGUCUGGACCAGGGAACAGCCUUUCCUCCUCCUUCACGUCGUACCUGCUCUGUUCCCAUCAUCCCCUCUGUUCAGGCAACCAAUCUGAAGGACGGUGUCGAGGAUCAGGACGGUUCUGUGGUUAUUUCUAAGAGUGCAGUUUCAUCUAGCCAUACUUUUCUAAAUCCUAAGACAGAUGAAGAGUCAGUGUUGAAUUCGAGCCAUUCCCUGGUGAGCUCUGUCAUGCCGCAUGCGCUCACUCGUUCCGAGUCUGCUCUGAGGGGCAAACACAAAAGCCUUGUCACUUACACGGGGCCACAUACAGAUCCCAACAGGGCGAAGACUGUUGUCUCUGUAACGGUACUAGGAUCGGAGAAGCAGCCCUUGCACGGAUCUACAAAUUUGUCCAAAUCGAUGGGAAGAGUGGAACCUCGGCAUGUACAGACGGCUAAUGGAGAAAGACAUGAGCAUGGGACUGAUGCGUUACUCACCAGGAGACAGAAAGACUGCCAUGUGUCCCCUGAACUGAAAGAUGUGUCUUGUCUCAAAAGCUGAUUGGUUUGUCUGAAUAACUGAAUCCCACCUACACAAAAUUGUGGAUUCGAGUGAAAAACUCCUUUAUUUUCACCCCCUACUGACACAAUUCUACCUGCAUUGUGGACUGAGAAGAGGACUUGUGUUGACAAAGUUCCAAACACUGGGUACCUAAAACACAAUGUGAAUAAAUUAUGAAAUAUAAAGACUGUGGAUGGGAUGUUGAAUUGAAGAGGCAUUAAAGAAAAAAAAAGAUUUAUAUGCCACUAUUUAACAAAACUUCUACUUAGAAACCAAACCGUGUGUCAUCUCUAUGUUGUUUAUUGUAAUAAAGAAAAUAUAAUAGAUGUCAUAAAUAUAUGUAUGUCAUAUAUGGAAUAUAUAUGACGUACACUGGGAAGAAAAUAAAGAUCCAGAAUAUAAUAAACAAUCUUUUUGUUUCCAACAA